CCCAGCUUAACCUUGGAAGUUUUCGAGAUGAGGAAGGCCCUGACCGUACUGCAUUUUUUGUAUAUAAGCUGCAGAGGUGGCAUUUCUUCCGUCGAAUCCUAGAAAAUACACAACGCUUCAUGUCUAUCCAUAUCUUACAUUUAAUUGGUUUAUUUUUCUAUCUUCUUGACUUAGAACAUUGCCUCUUUUCAGUGUUAUGGCUUCAAAGGAGUGCGAACCCGUGGUAGACUGCACCCCCCGAAAAAGUCACGAUGUUGUAGAAUCCCAACAUGAUGUGAAGGCAUCCGACACUACACCAUGCCUCAACCAAUGCCUUCACAAAACUACACCCAAAGCCCAAAGUCCCAAACCUCAAGGGCGACGAAGCCGAUUUUUAAGAUCACGAACACCACCACCCAGGGAGCCACCGCCGAAAGCAGUCUGGGUCCAGGGGUAUCUUUAUAACUUGGACGAAUAUAGUGCUGCGGCAAGGAUGAGGCCAGUCUGGAGUGUUGUACUACCAACCCCGUGCAUAGUACGUCAAGGGGAGUGGAAGCCCGCCGAUGUGCACUCUAGGAAGCCCCCACGCCAAUCUGCGGAGGACCGGGCAGAACUUGGUGAGGCUGGCAUUCAUGCCCAAGAAUCAUCGGAGGGCACAGCCACGAGGCCUAGAACAGCCGCUGGUGCCGGCCAUUGUUGCGGGUGCAAUUGCAAUGGAGCUAGACGGCCCGUCUCCGACGCUGAGCUAUUAGGCGAGCAAGCCGAUGGUGAUGCGGACCCAGAAGGGGAAGGCCCAACUAAACCUCGCAACUGGUGGGCUCGCCAACGAGUAAAGCAUCGCGAGCCGUUGGCUGAAUUUCUGGCGGUAUGUGUCGCCCCUGGCAACUUUUCUUGGAGACAGAGUUAACUCGACCCAUAGACUGGAACAUCUUGUUUCCUCGGAUUGGCGUCCACCCUUUCGGUGAACCUGUCUUCGAACCAGGAUAAAAAGUACGGUACUUAUGGUAAGUACCAUAAGUUGAAAUCUAGCCCUGAGUUGCCUAGGACUCGAAAGAAUCCAUGAUAUUACAUAGGCAUACUAAUCUGGGGAUAGACACGACGUGCUGGGUAAGUAUAAGGAAUAUGGCGUCCCAAACAAAUUCACCCUCCCCCCCCCUUUUUUUUUAUUUCCCCCU